CGCACGUGGCUGGCGAUAAAACCACGCAAGAGCCGAGAAAAGUUAAUCACAUUUGAUCGUACUGACGAGGAGAGAGGUCUUGAGUCCACCGCCGGAAAAAUGGCAGCCACGGUACAAGAGGAAAAAUUGCGGCAGAAGAUGAAGAAGCUACUGCAGGUGUACAGCCCUUCCCUUGAGUCCAUGAUGCUCUCCAACGACGCCAAGUACUUGGCUGAGAAUGAACAGAACGAAGUCAUGUCUUACCUGCCUCCUUAUCAGGGGAAAAGAGUCCUUGAACUUGGAGCGGGCAUUGGUAUGCGAUUCACAGCGCGGCUGGCAACAGUGGCGGGUCACGUAACAGCUGUGGACUUCAUGCAAGAAUACAUCGACAAGAAUGAGCAUGAAAACAAGCACAUGGGGAACAUCAGCUUCAUGUGUGCCGAUGUCACAAAGUUGGAUUUUCCCGCUGGCAGCUUUGAUCUGGUGUUCAGCAACUGGCUCUUCAUGUACUCGGCGACAAGGAGACGAAAUGUGAAGAGGAACGAGAAUCCGACCUUGUACCGCACGCCCCUUGAAUACUGCCAUAUGCUACCCUCUGCCACGGCCGGAGGCCAGGCUCUGUUCAAGAUCCUGCGCGGCAAAAGCAUCCUCACCUAUAUCCAUUAUCACGGCAACCCAAACCAGCUGUGCUUCUUGGCGCGGCGCGUGGACGGCGAGGAGUCAGACCAGCUGGCUCAGUUCCUGCAGAGGGAGUACUCUGUGGUGAACAUCCUGGGCAGAGAGAGGGCACAUGGGUACAUGUGGUGGUCUACAGGUGGAGAGACGACGAACAGGGACUUCUGCGCCCGCCUGAGCCUGCGUCCCGGCAUGCGGGUGCUGGACGUGGGCUGCGGCACCGGAGGUCGGCCAUCUACAUGGCGCGGCACUACGGGUCCACGUCUUCAGUUCGAAAUCAGCGACAUCCUCACCGUAGACUAUGAGCGGGAAUCUUACGACGUCAUCUACAGCCGCGACAGCAUCUUCCACAUCCCGGAGAAGCAAAAACUCUUUAGACACAUUUAUAGAUUCACUGCAGUGGAUUUCAUCCUGGCUUUGUGCUGUGUUCCUCAGCGCUGGCUACGUCCCGGCGGCAUUUUCUUCUUCACCGACUUCUGCAGCGGUCCCGCCAUUCCCUCCAGGGAAUUCCUUGCGUACAUCGAUGGAGCCAAACCCGAUCGUGUAUCUCCUGAGCAUCUGCCUUACCAGCACGGCAUCUCAUGUAAGGUUUUCGGGAAUUUCUGUGUCACACCACCAAGGGCCAGCGUCACGCCCGCGGUUAAUAGCCGUCACCGGUACUCCCUCGCCGGGAAGGACGUCUACGUGAAGGAGCUGGAAUCGGCAGGAUUCACUGACGUGACCUCCGAGGACCUCAAUGAGGACUUCAUGAAGAUAAGCAAAGCGGAGCUGAAGGCCUUCACAAGCGCACGCGAAGCUUUCAUUAGUGACUUCUCGGAGGAGGACUUCGCCGAGAUCUCGUCCACCCUCGCUAAUAAGUAUCUAAGAAUAAAAGCAAUGCUAGUGUCAGACCGUACAAUUCUUAAUUGUUCAUGGAAUCCCACUGGGGGGCUGUUUAGAGGCUACGGUGCCAGAGGUACGACGAGGCCGGAUUGUAAUGGGUCUGAGGCGGCGCUGCGGCCGGACUCUUCCCCGCCUCCGGCCGGCCAGGUAGAGCGUGACCGAGGCAGCAUGAGCAACAAGGCCCCAGCCAGCCAGGAAUUCCUGGACACCAACCAGUAUUCCCGCAAGUCCAUCCUCCGCUAUGAAAGGAUCUUCGGGCAUACAUGGGUGUCCACGGGGGGCGAGGCCACCUCCAAGGACCUCCUGAUAAAGAUGGGGCUGCGUCCGGGCAUGCGGGUACUGGAUGUUGGCUGCGGCACCGGAGGGUCGGCCUUCUACAUGGCGCGCCACUACGGGGUUCACGUGCACGGAGUCGACCUCUCUACCAACAUGAUUGACAUCGCCAAAGACAGACUAAACCGCGAAGAGAAAUACUUACAGUCCAUGAUCAAAUUCGAGGUCGGUGACAUCACUAAGGUUCAGUACGACAACGCCAGCUACGACAUCAUUUACAGCCGUGACACCAUCCUUCACAUCCCGAACAAGGAAGAUCUCUACCGCACUCUCCAGGCGUGGCUGAAACCGGGCGGAAAACUCUUCGUCACCGACUACUGCAGGGGAGACCAGGAACACUCACAGGAGUUCCUUGAUUACGUCAAACGCAGAGGAUACGACCUGCGAACGGUGAAGGCGUACGGGAAGGUCCUGGAGGAGGCUGGCUUCAAGGACGUGCAGGCGGUGGACAUGACGCCGACCUUCAUCUCCGUGCUGCAGAAUGAACUCAAGUACUUCGAACCGACACGCGAUGCCUUCAUACAGGAUUACAGCGAGAAGGACUACAAGGAAAUCGUGGAUGGAUGGAGACAGAAGUUGGUAAGGUGCAGUGCGGGCGACCAGGCCUGGGGUAUGUUCCUGGCCACCAGGUAGAAGCGCCGCUGGGGCCGGGCGAUUCCACCGGGCCCUUGGCUACGACGAGGGCCUUUAACGGUGGCCCUUUCUGGGACAUCAUUUUAUUCUUUCCUUAUUGCAUUAUCCUUUACAAAUUAUUUCUAUUUGAAGUAAUAUUUUGACCAUUACCAUAACCUUUAUCAUUAUUAAUUUUCCAGUCAUUUACUUGGUAUAAAUGCAAUGAAUACUGCAUAGUAAAAAAAAAAAAAAAUGCAAUCUGUUACCUAAUUUAUGUAUUCUAAUAUUCAAUGUAUCUUCAUGGUGCUGAAAUUAUGCCAAAAUAAAGACUGGGAAACACAU